UAUUAGUAAUAUUAAAUAAAACCUCUUCCUGUCUUGGUUGUAACUGGUAACUAGCGCUGUGCUUUUACACCCCCGGCUAUCUCCAAACCUUCCCUUUCAUUUUCCUCCUGCGGUCCCGCCUCAUAAGAGAGAGGAUAAAGCGUCCACUCCCAGGAUAACUUGACUACUUGCAGGAUAAAGCUACUACCCCUAACUUAAAGCAAGACAGAUACCUAUGUCCUAUCAACUCCUCAACCACCUCGCAUUUAAACUUCCCUCUAUAACUAACAGCUCAAAGUGAGAAACUUUAGAAUGGUGGUUUUUGAAUAUAUGGAGUCCAGAGAAAACCAAGAAGAAAACAGCAGCAGGAUAAGUGAUGAGGUGGAGAAGACAAAAAUAAGUCUCAUGAGAGCCGUGCUUGAAAAACAAGAUGCCUCUUCAAAGGAAGUAGAUGAUCUGACGAUCAGAAGGUUUCUGCGAGCUCGUGACUUGGACAUAGAGAAAGCUUCUGCCAUGUUCCUCAAGUACCUGAAAUGGAGACGAAUGUUUGUUCCAAAUGGUUCCAUUUCAGCAUCAGAAGUCCCAAAUGAGAUUGCACAGAACAAGAUGUUUUUUCAAGGAGGAGAUAAGAAAGGAAGACCCAUUACAGUUGUUCUUGGUGCUAGACAUUUUCAAAACAAAGGAGGUGUGGAGGAAUUCAAGCGCUUUUUAGCGUACGGUCUUGACAAAAUAUGUGCAAGGAUGCCGCCAGGACAGGAGAAGUUUGUUGUGAUUGGAGACCUUGAAGGCUGGGGAUAUGCAAACAGCGACGUCCAUGGAUACAUGGCAGCUCUAUCCAUUGUCCAGGACUACUACCCAGAAAGACUUGAAAAAUUGUUUGUUGUGCAUGCACCAUACCUGUUUAUGACAGUAUGGAAAAUCGUUUACCCUUUCAUUGAUAACAAGACCAGGAAGAAGAUAGUUUUUGUUGAGAACAAGAAUUUGAAAUCAACACUGCUUGAAGAGAUCGAUGAGAGCCAGCUCCCGGAUAUUUAUGGAGGCCAACUAUUAUUAGUUCCAAUAAAAGACAGCUAAACGCAAACAGAUAUUCAAUCCUUCAAUGUCUAGAGCUUAGAAUUUUUUUUUUUCCUAGUACAGUAGGUCUGUACAGAGUAAGGAAUUUGGGUGGGGCGGGUGACCAAAAAUCUCUGCAAAACUAAUAAACAGAGAUGGUAUGUGGAUCAAACCAUUUCAUUAGCAGAACUGGGAACAAUCUCAUGUGAAAUGUUCACAUUACAAUUAUGAAUGUGACAAUAUCUGAUCAGGUGAAAUUUUUCACAUGUCACAGACAAUAAAUUCUGUCUGUUUCA